ACGCUUCAUUCUCAAUGGUUUAUUUUAGCUCCUGUAUUUUUCCUGCUCCGCGUUACAUUUCCCCCCUCCGUGGCGUUACACACAUUUUAUUUCACCCCGGGAGCAAACGCUAGCUUUCCUAUCAGCUCUGCUUGGAUAUUAAUCGCCUUUUCCGUCAUAUUAUCGCUCCUGCAUGCCGCUUCCCCGCUGUUUUUAGUGCAUAUAGAUGUAUUUUGUGUCCCUUGUUUCCUCCAGUAACCCAUGUCUGUGUGCAUCCCGCCUCCCUGCGCUCUCAAUAGAUGGUGCAAGUCAAAAUGUCCAAAUCGCCCGUAGACCCACUGUCCGCUGUGGAAACAGCCUCUCAGUCGCACUAUUUUCAGCUGCCCAGGAAGUUGCCUAAACGCAAGAGCCGCUUCAAACGCUCAGAUGGCAGCACGUCCUCUGACACAACAUCCAGCUUCAUCAAACGGCAGGGGUCGGCUGAUUCGUACACCAGUAGACCGUCGGAUUCAGACCUGUCAGCAGAGGAGGACCGCGAGGCGUAUCGGCGUGAAGCCGAGCGCCAGGCACAACUGCAGCUCGACAGAGCUAAGUCCAAACCUGUAGCGUUUGCAGUAAAGACGAAUGUGAGUUACUGUGGAGCUCUGGAUGAGGACUGUCCCGUCCAAGGAGCUGCAGUCAAUUUCGAUGCCAAAGACUUCCUGCACAUCAAAGAAAAGUAUAAUAAUGACUGGUGGAUCGGUCGGCUAGUAAAAGAGGGAGCGGACAUCACCUUCAUCCCCAGCCCCCUACGCCUGGAGGCAAUGAGACUCAAACAGGAGCAGAAACAAAGGAAAACAGGGGGUAAUUCCUCUAGUUUAGGCGACAUGGUGACUGGGAGUUGGAGGACCACACCGCCAUCUGCAGGGGAAUCCAAACAGAAGCAAAAACAGGAACACAUCCCUCCCUACGACGUGGUGCCCUCUAUGAGGCCGGUGGUCCUCGUGGGACCAUCGCUGAAGGGCUAUGAGGUGACGGAUAUGAUGCAGAAAGCUCUUUUUGACUUCCUGAAACACAGAUUUGAGGGAAGAAUCUCAAUCACCCGUGUAACUGCCGACCUGUCUCUAGCCAAGAGAUCUGUCCUCAACAAAAGACCCAUAAUGGAGAGAUCCAACACUCGCUCCAGCUUAGCGGAGGUUCAGAGUGAGAUUGAGAGGAUAUUUGAGCUCGCCAAAACUCUGCAGUUAGUGAUUCUGGACGCAGACACCAUCAACCAUCCCGCACAGCUAGCCAAAACCUCCCUCGCGCCCAUUAUUGUCUAUGUGAAGGUUUCCUCGCCAAAGGUGCUCCAGAGGCUGGUCAAAUCCAGGGGGAAGUCUCAGAGCAAGCACCUGAAUGUGCAGAUGAUGGCUGCAGACAAACUCUCUCAGUGCCCCCCUGAGAUGUUUGAUGUCAUUUUGGAUGAGAACCAGCUGGAAGAUGCUUGCGAGCAUUUGGCUGAAUACAUGGAGGUCUACUGGCGUGCCACUCACCUCCCAGGCAACACUCCUCUCAACCCCUUAUUGGAGCAGAGUCUGAUGACCCCGCCUUCUGCCAUUUCCAGCCUACAGAACCAGAAUAAGAACCAGCCGCAGCCUCGUGAGGAGGGGGGCUUGGAGGGCGACGAGGAGGAGGCAGGCGAGGAGGCCCACUCCCCUUUGGAGCAGGACAGUCUUAUGCCGUCUGACGAGGCCAGCGACUCCCUGUCUCGCGGCCGGAGGGGGAGCCCGUGCCACAGGGGGGGUGAGGAGGACGAAGAGGAGGAGGAGGAAGAAGAAGAUGAGGGGGAGGAGGAUGAUGAGUAUGCCUCUCCCUGCCAUGCUCGCACAUACCGGGACAUGUACCCCCCUCACCGUGGGCACACAGGCAGUGCCCACAGUGCCAACGGGCACGAGUCACAGGACAGGCUGCUCCAACGCGAAGCUCAGCAAGGUCACAACCAGAGGAACAACCGCCAGCGCAGCCGCCCCUGGCCCCGAGACACCUACUGAGGAACAAGGGCCCCUCCCCAGACAUCAGCACCAAGAUCACCCCAAGCCCUCCGACUGUCACACGUUCCCAAACAAACGAUUUAGAGAUGGAAAAAAUUUCCCCCAUAAUCAGCUCCAAACUUAAAUCACAAACAGACGCAAAGUUUAUUAAGUAGAAAACUAUAGGUCUAUUUUUAAAGUAUUUCCAGUUGCUCUCUUCCAGACUCCCAGUUUAUCUAAACCGCGGGGGAUGUAAUGACCUCUCCAGAUUCAGAUAAAAGUCAACAGGGCUACUCACCUCUGCAAUGGAAAGGUUUCAGGCUACCAGCUCUACGCAAACUCAAACUUUAGCUGCUUUGCCUAAGGUUUCUCUAUUGUAGGAUGUCUCAUAUACUGGCCUUAAAAUUCCUAAGACUUUUAAACUCUCUUUACUAUUGCAUGUAUGAGUAUAAUUAUUUUAAGACUAUUUGCACAUCAACGUCAGAACAGGAAAUGAAUGAUCUAUACGGAUAAACUAAUGUAGGAAUGUCUACUGUUGAAUCCAUUUAUGGGAAAUCGUAAUGCAUUUGAUUCCAAUGUAUAUACUGAAUGGGCACCUGGUUUGUUUCAUUGCUACUAUAUUUGUUUGAUUCUGUUAAUAUGGACUUGUUUGUUGUUUCAGAGAAAUGUUGCCACCCAUGUGUUCAGUCAGUUUGUACUCUGAAGAAGGUGAACGGCACGUGGGAGACACACAGUAAAAUAAGCUGGUACAAAGCUGCAGUACAGCGUCAGUGUCACCUACAGUUCAGUACAGUACAGUACGUUCUGGGCAUCGCUUCUCUUUGCUGUUGCACAAUCACUCUUAACACUUCUAAAAAAAAAAAAUCUAAAAAUGGGCACAGAGAAUGUAAACACAACUAAGAAAGGUAAUGUUGUCUUUUUAAAAGGGUAAAUUAUUUGCCAAACUGCUUGUUUACAUUGAAUCAUUCACAUAUAUCAAGCACAUGCUGCAGAGCCGCAGCUCCUCCUCGAAUCCAGGCUUCAGAGAAUGUAAGCUUGCAUGCCUUUUGCACCUCCAAAACACCACCCGGUGUCUCCACAACAACCGAUCACCCUGUAAUUCGAUUGUAGCACGUUAUUGAUUGUAGCAUCCAACUUAUCUCCCCCCCCCCCCCCCUCCACUUUGUACGUCUUUGCCAAACAUUGUUUGUGUACUGCAGGUUUAACAGUUGACUAGGUUUUUACCAAGGCAGAUCCUCAGGUGUAUGUCCUACACGCUCAUCACGCUCGACUCCAUGUAACGAAUGUGUCGUGCUCCCGAUGGACUCGUAGCACCCGUGACACGACGUCAUUCUGUUCCUGCACCGUUACUAGUCCACGAGCAGAUGAGUUUUGGACAUGAUUGCUGAUGAGCAGCUGCCAGCUUUAGGUUUACUGCUUCCAUGUGUCACAGGUAUCUCUCUAUCCAGUGUUCUGUAUAUUUUGAAAAGAGAAAAAAAAUUAGCAUGAUUGAAGGAAAAAAAAAAAAAAUCUAUGCAAGUGUUGCAUGAAAAUCUGAUUUUCUUUUUACAGUUAAGUAUUUUAGUAAUGCGUUAAUUCUGAUUCUCCUCGUUGUCUUGUAGUGAUAGUCUUGUCUUUGGGGCUACUCACUCCUCACACCACUAACAUCACUAAAAUCAGUUUAUUUAUCCACAAAGCUUAAUAUUGGGGACAUUUUUUCCCCACACACACAAUUUAUUGGCUGGACCCUGGUUGACACACUUUUAAAAGUCACUCACUAAAAAACUGUCCCAGCCCCAGAUCAAGUCUUUUUUUGUGAUAAAUAAAAAAAUGAAUGAGUGAAUUAUUUCAGCCCUGCAUGUCUUAGUUCACCAAUUAGCUAUGUUCAUUAUAUUUUGGAGUAUCUUUUUCAAAGCGGACCAAUUUAGCAACUGAUAAGCAGUUGAGGUUUUUCAAUUUAUUAAGCACAAUUUUUACAAGGGUUAUAAUUUAGUUUCCUCUGUCUUAUUCUGUAUGCAAUACUAAGCCUAACAUUGAAAAACGUUAAAACGCCUUAGACCAUCUGGACUUCCUCUUUUUGUGUGAGUAGAAAAAAAAAAUAAUAAUUUGCACUACUUUUUUUUGGGAUGGUUGCUUUGUAAUGCAAUAACUGCACUAAAUAUAACCAUGUAUCCACCAGAUUACCACAGCGUGCUAGCGUGACCCAACACGCCUCUUCCCUCUAUUUAUCAAAAGAGACAGCAAAUGUGUAAAAAGUGAGACAUUUCCUGCCUGAUGCUGUAUAGAAUGCUUUCUAUUUGAAAAAAGAUUUACAAUACUAAAUAAAAGAUGACCUAAACAAAAUAAACAUGACAUUUUAUGUACUUUUAA